CUUUAGUCCUUCACAACCUCUUGAUGCUUCAGUAGAUUAUUUAAUCAUUGGUGGUGGUGCUGUUGGAUUGGCUGUUGCAGAACGAUUAUCAAAAAGAAAAGGAAAAUCUACCUUAUUGGUUGAAAAGAAUUUUAGGGUUAAUGAAGAAACAAGUAGCGAAGUUAUUCAUUCUGGAUUUUAUUACCCAAUUAAUAGUUUAAAAACACGAUUAUGUAUUCGUGGAAAGCGACUUUUAUAUUCACUUCUUUUUUCAAACCAUUCUAAUCAAAUAAACUACAAUGAUUCCCCAACUGUUGAUUCUUCUUUUAUAGUAGACUCUUUAUUAGUACCAACCUCUUUAGAAAAUUCAAAAUCUUUAACCAUUCCAUAUUAUAGGUUAGGUAAAUGGGUAAUAGCUCAAACUGAUGAUGAAUUCGCUUAUCUAACAGCUAUCCAUGAGAAAUCCUCAAACUUAGGAAUUCCAACUUACUUUUUGUCCGAGAAACUUCAAAAAUCGCAAGAACCUCAUGUAAAUGCGAUGCAUGUCUUGGUUGUUCCAACCACUGGAAUCUUUGAUUCUCAUGCUUUUAUGAAUUGGUUAGAAUGGAGAAUUAUAGAUAAUUAUGGUGAUAUUGCUGUCAAUUCUAAAGUCACCAAUAUAAUUCCUGGUAAUGAUGGUGAUAGGAGAGGAUAUAUCGUAGAAAUUACAUCAACCAAUUCCACACCAUCAAAGAUAAAAAUAUUCGCAAAAUCGGUGAUAAAUUCUGCGGGAUUAUAUUCUGAUAAAAUAGCGAAUGUGAUAUUACCUCCUUCACAUCACUACAAAAUUUAUUAUGUUAAAGGACAUUAUUAUAGAUAUCAUGGUAAUGAUAUCAAAGUUAGUCAUCUGAUUUUUCCUGUUCCCCCAAAAAAUUUGGUAAAUUUAGGAACACAUUUAACAUUGGAUUUAAAUGGUAGAAUGAGAUUUGGUCCUGAUGUUCUAUAUGUUCAAAGACCAGAUGAUUACGGAAUAAAUGAUGAUGAAAGUAGGAAAGAUACGUUUUUUAACGCUGUAAAAACGUAUUUACCAAGGAUUAAAAAAGAUAGACUUUAUGCUGAUUAUGCUGGGAUUCGGUAA